GCUAUGCAUGAUAAAGUGCUUGGUUUCGCUGUAGGCCGCCUGCCACUUCCCUGAUCUUGAAAGCCGACGUCUCCCGGUAUUCUUCUGUGGGCAAGGAAUACGAAUUGAUUGGAGACGGAAGUCGGCUUGGUGUGACGAAGUUCAGGACCGUAACGCCAGGGACGGAGGCUCGAAGGAGUGCGUAGGCUAUAUAUGGGGUUGGACUUCCAUCUCGUCAUCCUCUUCUGUCGCUGCUCGGUAUCCACGGACCUCGAUUCGGCUCGUGCUGUCACCAGGAAGCCGCAUCUAUCAUCGUCACACACCACAGAAGCUCAGACAUCGUCGGCAUGCCUCACACCACUGUUGCGGUUGCCGCCUUACUUUGCGUCGCUAAAGGCGUCCUCGGCGUUGACCUCCAGCAUUGUGGCCAGGCACAGUACGACCCGGCUGAGUAUGUCUGCUGGGAGAACCAAUUCCUCUGCCCCAUCAGAGCGGGCGAGCCUCUAUCCCACUGCGCAGGCGCAUGCUACAGCAAGUUCAUGUACACCUGUACGGACAACGUCGUGACGCUUCUCCCGCCGGUAGAUACCCCCUUCACACUCACUGUCGACAACCCGGGCCUGCCCAUCCACGGCAAGCCCGUCACGGCGGCGGGGCAGCACUGGUCCCUCGACGGCCAAACGAGCAGCUACUGUCCUUCGCAAGUUGGCAGCGAGUGUCCGCCGGGCAAUUCCACCGUCAUCGUUGCCAGCGAAGGUCGCGCAGCCAUGAGCGUCAUGGUUCCCGGCGGCCAGCAGGCCUACCUGGACCCGUACUGGAACAUGGUCUACACCCAGGCUCACUCGGCCUACAUUCCGUCCGGCAGCACCGUGACAGGAUUCGGUGCCUACCAGGGCGGCGGCUUCGUCAACCUGAACGGCAACGGCUGGGGCUGGGUUGCCUGCCCGCCACGAGCGUCUGGCGGUGGCGGACCGGGCUGGAACCUGGUGGCUAGGAACGCGACGAAUGCGGCCACGCUUAACGAAUGUCACUCAAUUAAUCUCAGAGUCAACUCGCUGCCAGGGAGCACCCUUGGCGCUUGGCAGUAUACAUAACUCUCGUGUUUCUCUAUGUUGCUGAUUUCAGAGUGGCUCCAUUGGCGCGCUGUGGAAUGUGGCGUUGGAGAUUAUGUCGAGGUCGCGGCGCUGUGGCCUACUGUGAAGGUGAACGACCUGCGUUGCGGUGUAUGUCCUCAUGAAUAGGGAGAUGCAUGCUGGGAAAGUGGCGGUGGUGGCGUGGGGAACGCAAUACAAAUCAUGAUCCAGGAUUGAAACGAGC